CCGGGGGCGGGGCCGGCCACCGCCUAUAAGAGGGGCCGCGCGCCCGGCCGGACCACUUGCCUGCGCGCCCUCUGCGGACCGCCGUGCCAUGGCCUCCGCCCGCCUGCUCGCGCUGCUACUGCUCCUCGUGGGCGUCCCCGCCGCUGCCCCCGAGUCGAUCCGAGAGACCGAAGUCAUCGACCCCCAAGACCUCCUAGAAGGCCGAUACUUUUCUGGAGCCCUCCCAGAUGAUGAGGAUGUCGGGGGGCCCGGGCAGGAGCCCGAUGACUUUGAGCUGUCUGGCUCUGGAGAUCUGGAUGACUCAGAGGACCCCCGGAUCUUCCCGGAAGUAAUCCAACCCUUGGUGCCUCUAGAUAACCAUAUCCCUGAGAGGGCAGGGCCUGGGAGCUGGGUCCCCACCGAAGCCAAGGACCUGGAGGAGAAUGAGGUCAUCCCCAAGAGGAUCUCACCCUUUGAAGGGGACGAGGAUGUGUCUAACAAGGUGUCCAUGUCCAGUGCCACACAGAGCGGCAACAUCUUUGAGAGGACAGAGGUUCUGGCGGCUUUGAUCGUGGGCGGCGGCGUGGGCGUCCUGUUUGCUGUUUUCCUGGUCCUGCUGCUGGUAUACCGCAUGAAGAAGAAGGACGAAGGCACCUACGACCUGGGCAAGAAACCUAUCUACAAAAAAGCCCCCACCAACGAGUUCUAUGCUUGAAGCAGCCCCCUGGGCACACUGGCUUGGACCUCAGCAGGGAGGGAAGCAGAAGGAUUUUGAAGGGUGGACAUUAGGGUAGGGGGAGGGCAAACUAAUACUGACCUGUCAGCAUCUCCAGCUGUGAUUAUGUUUUAAGCGUCAGAAGAGGCAUCAUCUUCUGUUCCUGCCUGCCUCUUCUUGAUUCUCUGGGCCUCGACUGUCCCGGCAGAAAAAUGGGGUUACGCCUGGCCUUGCUGAAGGCAGGUCUGGGAUUGGAUCAUUUCUUAAUUUUCCACUUUAGAAUGUGGGCCCAGGUUAGAGUCUAUAUUAAACAUGCCUCAUCCAGAGCCCCUCUGAAGCUGGAGCUCGGCCCCCGGCGGCCUUCUCCUUCCCUCUUGUGAAAAGGAACUGGGAGAAGGAACUAGAACCACCUGCACCUUGAUGUGUCCGUCAAAGGGCACUUGUGACCACACUACAGGAGUCUGUGGUAUACCUUGGGCCAUUCUCGGCUCUCUCAAGUGACUUUUGGAAAUCAGCCUUUUUUAUGAGGGGGAGGGGGUGGGGAGAAGAGCUGAAAGUUACAUACUGAAAUGGAUUUGCAAAGUAUUUGUAAAUCUACUCUUAGCGGGGUAUUUUUUUCUAAUGGUUCAUUCCUUGGUGCAGAGCCUCUGCCUGGGCAAGAGUGUGCCGAUAUCAAGAUGUUCUCCGCCCUCUUGCACUUUCCACAGUACCUGCAAGUUUGUAUUUAAUGGUUUUUUGUUUUUGUUUCUCGGAAAUGAGAGAAGAGACGGAGAUAGGAUUUUUAUUAAUUGUUUUUUUUGUUUUUGUUUUUUUUUUACUAUUUAUAGCUUCAGACAGGGCCUCUUUCUCUCUUUCCUCUUUUAAAUAUCCUCCUCAUUUUUUUUUUUUUUUAUACUUAACACUCUCCCGCUCUUGACCUUGGCCCUUUCUGAAGCUGCUUCCUCUAAGAAGUGGCUAUUGCCGAAACAUAGUUUUCUAGCAGAUCCCAAAAUAUAAUGUAGGGGAUGGUGGGAUAUUUGUGUCUCUUUUCUUGUAAUAUAUUAUUAUUCAUGGUUCUAGAAAAAUAGAUAAAUAUAUUUUUUCAGGAAAUAGCAUGAUAUGUCCCAUUUGACGUUGGCUGGAUGGUUGAGUGAGUGGAGUUUUGUGUGGCUGAGUGGGUUUUUGCCUUUCUCUCGCUCUGUUCGUGGUGCCUUCUCCUGAUUGGGCCGGAAUAGUUGAGGGUAGACAAUUCUACCUUCUUUCUAGCUUCUGCUUUGAGCCCAACUGGUGUUCCUUUGUUUGUUUUCUCCAAAUUUAAGAGAACAUUGGAGAGCCGUCCUAUCCAUUAUGGUAAGCACUAGCCACGCGUGGCUAUUCAAAUCAAUUAAAAUCACAUAAAGUUAAAAAAUUCAUUCCUCAUUUACACUAACCACAUUUCAAGUGCUCAUUUGCCACAUGUGGCUCGUGGCUGCUCUGGUGAGCACGCAGGUAGAGCCCGUGUCCACCUGUCGAACCACAGUGCUAGAAAACUGAACUGGUAUAACAAGUCCCAGCCCCAGCCUUGCUGGGGUGAUCUUUGUCUCCCUGGGCAAAGGGGGCAUGGGGGAGGGCUGACUGGCUCCUGGCUUUGGAGCUUAUCUGUGAUCCUUCCUUCACAAAGAGGAGGCCCGGUGGGUUAGUUAGCCCGUGCAGGCUGCGUCUUCUCCUGACCCCACUGGCUGGGGAGGGGGGAGUCGCCCUUGCCUCCCGCACCCUUCACCACCUCAAGCCAGGGGCCCCAGCUGGCUGGGUCCUCUGGGCACCCCUCCCCCACCCCUGCCAUGCCCUUUCCCUCUGGCUAUGUUGGGAGUGAGCACCUCUUCUUGUAGCCACCUGACACUGUUGUCUGUUACUGAUUUUUUUCUUUUUGAUAAGAAGAUAAUAAAACCUGGUACUUUCUA